AUGACAAGUACCAGCUCCAUUUCCAUCAAGCUUUUGAUGCUACUAGCUCUUGUGAACAUUUGUGUUUCACAGGAUUUUGAUUUUUUUUUACUUCGUACAACAGACACCCUUCUUUUUUACCCUCGUUGCAGUGGCCAGGUUCACUCUGCGACACAAAAAAAGUUUGCUGCUUCCCUCCAACCGGAAAACCAGCAUCCAAUUUCAGCAUUCAUGGACUUUGGCCAAAUUUCAACAAUGGAACAUUUCCAUUCGAUUGCAAUAAUGCCCAAAACCCAUUUAACCAAUCUAAGGCGGCAAAAAAAUAGACAACAACAGCAGAAGCAGCGACAGCAAAGUUCUGGAAACAUGAAUGGGAUAAACAUGGCACAUGUUCUCAGAAUCAAACCAGAUGGAAACAUUUACAGCGUUGUUAACAUAACAGAAGCUAUAAAACAAGCAACUGGGUUUGUACCUGGCGUAACAUGCAACACUGAUCCGAGUGGUAAUCGCCAGCUUUCUGAGAUAUAUAUGUGCGUUGAAAAGUCAGCCUCCAUGUUCAUUGAAUGUCCACUACUGCCAAAUGGAAUUCGAAGUUGUACAAAAACCAUUGAGUUUCCCAUCUUCUAG